AUGAGGCCAAGGCUCGCAGUAAACCUGUCCUCUCUCUACGCAAGUAAGGACAAUGAGUGGACUCCUCAAGAGCUGGACCAAACAGCCGAGGCAAUUGGAUAUGGUGCUGUGAAAUAUGCUGUUUUAAAGAACAAAAUAUCAAAAGAUUAUACCUUUAACGCCGAUCAGAUGCUUAAUGACAAGUUCACUGAAACCAUCUUAGAUCUUAAGAUCACAAUGUAG